GAGAGCGCAGCGCGCAGCCCGGUGCAGCCCUGGCUUUCCCCUCGCUGCGCGCCCGCGCCCCCUUCCGCGUCCGCAACCAGAAGCCCAGCGCGGCGCCCGGAGCCGGACCCGCGCCCGCCCCGCUCCCGGGACCGCGACCCCGGCCGCCCCGCGAUGACCGCGACCGGAGCCCUCCUGCACGUCCUCUUGCUCCUGCUGGCCUUCGGCCCCAGCGCCCAUGGAGCUGAAUGCCACCCGCCUUGCCACCCCCUAAAUGGAUUCUGCGCAGAUGACAAUGUUUGCAGGUGCCAGUCUGGCUGGAGUGGUCCCCUGUGUAAUGACUGCGUGCCCCUUCCUGGUUGUGUCAAUGGGAUCUGCUCUGACGAACCUGGAAAGUGCGUUUGCAAAGAUGGCUGGGACGGGGAACUCUGCGACAUAGAUAUCCGGCCUUGCACCUCCACCCCCUGUGCCAACAACGGGACCUGUGUGAACCUCGAGGGGGGCCGCCACGAGUGCUCCUGCGCCCCCGGUUUCGCGGGGCGGCUCUGUGAGAAGAAGGCUGGCCCCUGCCUGGUCAACGGCUCCCCCUGCCAGCACGGAGGCACCUGCGUGGAUGACGAGGGCCAGGCUUCCCAUGCCACCUGCCUGUGCCCCCCCGGCUUCUCGGGCAAUUUCUGCGAGAUCGUGGCCAACAGCUGCACCCCAAACCCGUGCGAGAACAAGGGCAUCUGCACCGACAUCGGGGGCGACUUCCGCUGCCGCUGCCCGGCUGGCUUCAUUGACAAAACCUGCAGCCGCCCCGUGACCAUCUGCGCCAGCAACCCCUGCCAGAACGGGGGCACCUGCCUGCAGCACUCCCAGGUGAGCUAUGAGUGUCUGUGCAAGCUCGAGUUCACAGGUCUCACCUGCGCCAAGAAGCGGGCGCCCGGGGCCCCACAGGUCGUCCGGCUGCCCAGCGGCUACGGGCUGACCUACCGCCUGACGCCCGGGGUGCACGAGGUGCCCGUGCCGCAGCCCGAGCACCGCAUCCUGAAGGUGUCCAUGAAGGAGCUCAACCGGAGCACCCCGCUGCUCAGCGAGGGCCAGGCCCUCUGCUUCACCAUCCUGGGCGUGCUCACCGGUCUCGUGGUGCUGGCCACCGUGGGCAUCAUCUUCCUCAACAAGUGCGAGGCCUGGGUGUCCAACCUGCGCUACAAGCACAUGCUGCGCAAGAAGAAAGACCUCCUGCUGCAGUACAACAGCGGGGAGGACCUGGCCGUCAACAUCAUCUUCCCCGAGAAGAUCGGCAUGGCCACGUUCAGCAAGGAGGCUGGCGACGAGGAGAUCUAAGCAGCACCCCUCCCGCCAGCCCCUCUCUGUUUUCGGGGUUCCGCAGAGCUCAUUAUAUGUGGUCUGUGCUCCUCUUUGUGGUGGAAUUCACUCCAUUUUGUGUCGUAUCUGGUGAACGCUAUGCUUACGCCUACUGUCUAUCUGUCGCUGCGUGAUAAACACUGAUGCCAAGGGAACCCCGCCCCGCCCCUCGCUCUAUUAAUGCAUGACGCAAAAAUAAUAAGAAUUUUGUCUUUCAAAAAGUAAAA